UGUGAACUUCUGCUCACCUUCGACUUUAUUUUAAAACACAUCUCUUGCUUCAGACAACAAAUGGGCAUCAAAGGUGACCUGUGUGUGAAAUGGCUCCUGUGCCAUUUUGCGCUCAUCACAGUUUUCACUGAGAGAGCGUUUGGACAGAUCCGCUACCCCAUUCCAGAGGAGCUGGAACACGGGGCUUUCGUGGGAAAUAUAGCGGAGGAUUUGGGGUUGGAUUUGGAUAAACUGUCUAUGCGCAGAUUUCGGAUAGUUUCCGGCUCCAAGAAGCAAUACGUGGAGGUGAAUUUGGAGAACGGUGUCCUGUUUGUCAAUGAGAGAAUUGAUCGAGAGGAACUGUGCGAACAGAGUUUAUCCUGUUCUUUCCACCUGCAAGUUGUGAUAGAAAACCCACUGGAGCUGUAUAGAGUGGAGAUCGAGAUUCUGGACGUGAAUGAUAACUCUCCCAGCUUUCCCUGGACAGAGAUCAACCUUGACAUAUCCGAAUCUGCUGCGCCAGGAUCGCGUUUCCCUCUGGAGAGCGCGCAGGACAUGGACGUGGGAUCCAACUCGCUGCGCACCUACUUACUGAGCGUAAACGAACAUUUCAACUUAGACAUCCAGACGCGGAGUGACGGUAGUAAAUUCGCAGAGCUGGUCCUACAAACACCGCUGGAUAGAGAGCAGCAGAGCGCCCAUCAGAUGGUGCUCACGGCGGUGGACGGAGGUGCGCCAGAGAGGUCAGGCACUGCGCAAAUCUACAUCACUGUUCUGGACGCGAACGACAACGCGCCCGUGUUUGAUCAAUCGUUUUACAGAGUGAGGCUCGCCGAAAACGCACCAAAAGGUACAGUGAUAAUAAACCUCAACGCUUCUGACCAAGACGAGGGACCAAACGCAGACAUUAAUUACUCCUUUAGUGGCCACGCUCCGUUAAAGGUGCGCCAGCUUUUCAGCGUGGAUCCACGCACGGGAGAAAUAAAAGUAAAAGGAGUGAUCGACUACGAGAAAGCAAGGAUGCAUGAAAUUUACGUGCAAGCGAAAGAUAAAGGUCCCUCUGCCGUGGCGGUGCACUGCAAAGUGCUUGUGAACGUCUUGGAUAAGAAUGACAACCUGCCUGAGGUGAUCUUGACCUCAGUGUCCACACCUGUGCAAGAGGACGCGCCGCCAGGGACCGUUAUAGCUGUUAUCAGUGUGAUGGAUAAAGACUCGGGUGAAAAUGGGAAUGUGGACUGCGAGAUCCCGCAUCACAUCCCGUUUCAGCUUCACUCAUCCUUCAAGAACUACUACACCUUAGUAACCUCUGACUUUCUAGACAGAGAGGCGGUGGCAGAUUAUAACAUCACUGUCACUGCAAGAGAUAUGGGUUCUCCUCCUUUAUUUACAAGGAAGACCAUCUUCGUCCAAGUCUCUGAUGUGAAUGAUAAUGCCCCUAAUUUUAAGCAACCCUCUUAUACUGUUUAUCUGACAGAGAAUAACGCACCAGGCGCAUCAAUCUGCUCUGUGAUUGCAACGGACCCAGACUCAGGUCAGAAUGCGUAUUUAUCAUAUUCCAUACUAGAGGGGGACAUAAAGGGAAUGCCUGUUUCCACAUAUGUAUCUAUAAACUCGGACAACGGGAACAUUUACGCACUGCGCUCAUUCGAUCACGAGCAGCUUAAAAACUUUCAGGUCACUGUGAAGGCUCAGGACGCGGGAUUUCCACCUCUCAGUAGCAACGUCACAGUGAGCAUCUUUAUUUUGGAUCAGAACGACAAUGCGCCCCUGAUUUUAUCCCCUGUUACGCAAAACGGCACAACGCCGAACGCAAUCGUGCCAAGAUCAGUGGACGCGGGUUAUCUGGUGACUAAAAUCAAUGCAGUAGACGCGGACUCUGGACAGAACUCGCGGCUGAUUUACCAGAUGCUCCAAGCCACUGACUCCAGUUUGUUCAGUGUGGCUCUGUACACAGGCGAGAUCAGGACGAUGCGCCAGAUAGAGGAUAAAGAGCCCACCAGGCACAGGCUGGUCAUUCUGGUGAAGGACAAUGGUCAGCCUCCCCUUUCGGCCACAGUUUCCAUCAUUUUGUCAGUAGUUGACAGCUUGCCAGAUUUACAGCCUGAUUUGGGUGACCUUUCACAGAGCCUGCAUCACAGCUCCAGCUUCACCCUGUACUUAAUCAUGGCUCUGGGUGCAAUCUCCUUCACGUUCCUGCUGGCUAUCAUCGUCCUUGUUGCAGCCAGAAGAUUGAAGGGUAGAUUGCCCAGCAAGGCGUCCAGCCUCCCCUCCGUCAGCAGUUGCUGUGGCUGUUGCUCUCCUUCACAGCUCUCCUCCUCCAACACCACCACAACCACAGAGGUUUUCAAAAAGUCCAACCUGAAUGUCCGCAUGUCCUCUGCAGGUGCUUCAGGGUGCACUGAAGCCAGUAGCAGCGGCCCUCACCCGCAGGUGUACUGCUACAAAAUGUGUCUGACCCCUGAGUCUUCCAGAAGUGACUUCAUGUUUCUUAAGCCUUGCAGUCCGGUUCUUUCGGUACAGCAGAACAACACCAAGAGCACUGAUUACCUGACCUCAGGCUGGAGCACGCUGGAGCGUAACGAUAUAUCCAACAACCGAGGAACAAGCCCUAAUGAGCUUAGGUAUUCCCACAAGAACUUAACAUGGACCAAGAACCAGCGCAACUCGGCUUACAAAAGAUAUAGCUCAGCUAACAUGGAGGGUACUCUUUCACGGCAGCCAAAGUGUGACACAGACAGUUUCUCCGUGGCUCCACAGUACUGGACCUGGGGAAACCAGAUGAAUGAAUGCAAGAGAUCUCUUCAAGAGGCAGCCUCUCCUAACAGCUCAUGGACUCCGAAGCAAACUCAGCCUCAUUCCGAGGCAGCGGAUUAUCAGCACAAUGUUUACAUUCCUGGCUCCACGUCUGGCUACAGCACUCUGAAGCUGACGUCCAGAGGGGACUUGGACGUUUUCAACACCUUCUCCACCUUUGGCAAGAAAAACAAAUUUAUCUCCAGCUAUGAACAAACAUUUGACAUGGAUAAUGACAUCAUAAGCAAUUCCAUUUUUAAAUGAGUGUUGGAAGCUUUCAACUGUUAUAUUAUUGUCAUGAUUCGUAAACAUUCAUUGGAGACUUUGUUGCCCUUACUUUUUAUUAAGUUGUUUUAAAUUUACAAUUGAUUUCUAAACAGUGAUAGUAAGGUUUAACAAAUAAUGUAUGACUGAAACACAGCUUUUCUGUUUCACUCUCCGGUUUUUGUUGGGGUCGCCUAUUUGAUGAAGGGUUUUUUCUAAGCAAAUUAGCACUUCAUAUUAAGCCUGUAUUUGCUCGCAUAAAUGUAAAUAUUAUUGUAAAGAAAUUCACUAUAAUACUUUGUAAAUUCUGUAAGUAGUUACAUUUAUAAUAAUUCAUUCUAUAAAAUCAAAUACCUAUGACCAAUUAAACACUAUAAUUACUUCUAUUUAUUUUCAGUACAGUUCAAUGCAGCUCUUGUUUUAAAAGAGGUGUCGGGGCAGGAAAUAGCAUAACUUAUUUUGAAAUUAUUUCCAACUUUUUUAUCCACUGAUACAUUUUAUAUGUUUUCCUUACAGUGGGUAAAAUAAGAACUGAACAUGCCACCAUUUUUCUCAGUCAUAUAUUUCUAGUGUACUUUGUACAAAAGCCUUUGUUGGCAAUGACAGCUUCAAGACGCCUCCUGUAUGGAGAAAUUAGACGCAUUGAUUGAUUGACUUUAUUGAUCUCACAGUGGAGAAAUUUACUUGUUGCAUGCUGAAGUCUCUUAUUUAGCAAGAUUAUUAUACAGUUUUUGCACAGGGUAUUUACAUGGGUGUUUAUAUAGUUGGUUAUUAAUAUAUAUAGCUAUUGCACUGGGUAUCAAAUAUAAAGAAACAGGUAAUUGCAAAUGGGAUUAAAUAGUAAUAGCACAUUAUACAUUGCACAAGUUAGUGCAGUUGUAGUGUCGCAUUGUAGAAUCUGGUGGCAGCAGGGAUGAAUGACCUGCGGUAGCGCUCCUUUUUUACAACGGUGUAAAAGUCUCUCACUACAGGAGCUGCUCAGCUCCUCUACACUCUGGUGCAGUGGGUUAGAGGUGUUGUCCAUGAUGGAUGUAAGCUUGGACAGCAGUCUCCUCUCAGCCACUUCCUCCACUGAGUCCAGAGCGCAGCCUAGGACAGAAAUGGGAACAGCAUGCAUUGCUCAGGUAUACUUUUUGCCCAUUCUUCUACACAAACAGUCUUCAAAUCUUGAAGGUUUUAUGUGCCUCUUCUAUGAACUCUGAUCUUUAGUUCUUUCCAGAUAUUUUCUAUUAGAUUCAAUCAAGUCAGGUGAUUGUCUGGGCCAUUCUAGCAGUUUUUUUUUUCUUUCUCUGACACCGAUUGAGA